UCGUCCGUCGGCAGUCGCUAGCGUGCGCGAGCUGCGUGUGCGCAACCCGCGACCGUCGCUCAUUCUCCAUACCUCGAAUUAUUGACAUCUCCGUGCCGGGAAUAACAAACAGCUUCGAUGCGCGCAUAAAUAACAAGACCAUACGCGGAUAGGACGCGCGAACGUGCGCGGUUAUGUGGUCAUACCAGUUACUAGUUACAGCUUCGAGUCAGUGUUGAAAACAACUUAGAACUGCAGUGACCGGAUGAAAAGCAAAAUGCCUGGGCACGCGGGGAGCCCUUACUGGGCAGCCGUGGACUUCGACAGUGAGGGGGACGAGGAGGCGACUCCUCCACCGAACCAGAGGCUGUACCUCGACCCCUGGGACAACGAAGCCUACGGCAUGAUACCGAUGGAGCCAGAGGCGCCUCCUGAAAACUUCAACUCGUUCGCCGGCGAGCCAGUCAGUGCCAGCUUCUACUACGUGCCGACAAAGAACUAUGACUCAGAAGAAGAAAAUGUUCCCGUGAAGAGGAAAGCGAGCUUGAGCCAUGCAGAGGAGGCAGGACCAGACUAUGCCGUGUAUGGAAGGAAAGUGUCCCGCGCGAUGAUCCCAGAAAUGCACCCAGAUAUGGCGAUCUACGGCGAUCGAAUGAUCAGAGAGCGGCGCAGAUCCCUCUACAUCGAAGAGCCAGUCUACGCCCCACACCCCAUGCUGUACGAGCCGCUAUACGGGCCCAUGUUGCCGCCCCCGCCCGGCUACUUGCCGCCCCCGCCGCGGGCGCGGAUGUCGCUGCAACAUCACCCCGACUAUGCCAUGGCGCUGGGGUAUGGGAAGCAGAGGAGACACUCGAGACUGACGGACGCGUACGAGCAUCUAACGUACGACAGCCUGUCACCAGACUACGAGGACUGGGCGCGCCCGUUCCCCAAGGCCGCCCCUGACAACUUCCACCUGUCGCGCUACGGACACCUGCAGAUCGAUUACUCCUGCAGCUGGAACUCGCUGGACAGACUCAUCAGGCAUCAGUGAGGAGGUGGGAGUAGAGGGAGGUACUCUAGCUUAGUUUGAAAUUAAUUCACUUGAGCUGUCGUGCCAUGCAAUCAUGUUUAUGACGUGAGGGCAGUGGUUAGGGCGGCGGCUCGAAACUUAUUUGUUUGUAAGCUAGAGUGACUUCUGGAUCUAAGUUCACUAAGGGUUGCCUCCAGAGGCGGGAGAAUCGAGAUAAGUUGACAUUUCACCGCAAUCAACGUGGAGACACCUUCUAUGAGAGUAUUUAGAAUAGUAUCGUCGUGACUUCCUCGCCUGUGGAGACUGCCCCUAAUGUAGUGUAGCCACUACAUAGCUGUAUGAUGUUAUAGUGUUAAUACAACAAGGAAGGCAGAUAGAAUACGUAAUUGUUAUUUAAAAUACGCUAAGUAUACUCAUGGAAAUUAUAAUAUUGAAUAGAAGUGUAUAAACAUACUGCGUGACAUUAUAAACAUUUGGUGCUAAAUGAGAUUCUAUGUAUAAUUUGUUAUUUGUAAGUAAAGUAAUGACCAAAGACAAUAAAGAUUGUUUUCGUUUAAAUCAUGACUUAAUCUCACCAUU